AGACCUACUUCAGCCACUGUGUGUUUGAGGCUCACUUCACUCGCCUGCCAACUCAAAGUUGUAUUAUAAUCUUUAAAGAUCCGUCAAAUUUGCACUUCUACUCUUCAGAUAUGUGUUUUCUGUGAUAAUCAUGUGGCUACUUUAUGAGACCGCAGUAAAAGAAGCAUCUUUCAUCCUUUGAAACGUUCAGACAACCUCCUCUAACCCAUGAUAAAAGCAGGAGCAUCAGCGGUAGACAUAUAUCAGAGUUUCUCAUGGAGAAGACACAUUACGAUUCUAUCCUGGACCGAAGCAAACGCAUUACGUGGCAGGACGACUGCUAUGUGGAUCUUCAGUCUACGACCUCAUCGCAAGCAGAAACGGAGGAUCUCGGUUGGAUCCAAAAGCAUCAAGACCAGCUGCAGAGCUUUAUUACGCCCUCCUUCCUGGGGGAGAUCUUAAACCACAUGAGAAACCUGGAUGUGCUCAGUUCAGCUGAGGAGACCAAGGUCAAGGAAGCAGGCCGACUGCAGGAUCAGGUUAACAUGCUCACCACUAUUGUCACUGCCAAGGACAGUCAAGGCUCUGACGUCCUUCAGGGUUUUAUAGAGAGCUCAGAUUCUCAGGUUGCCCAGCUCAUCAUUAACCACGAUGCCAUGGUAAAAGAGCACAAGGAGGUCCUCUUACGCCGAUAUGAACAGUACAGAGACAGAGACUCAAUCAGCUGCCCCAGACUUAACAUCUCAUCAAGAACCUUACUACUUGUCGAUGGACUUUCUGACCUCCAACAAAAGGAGCAUGACCUGAUGCAGGUGGGAGUGACUCGAGGAGAGAAAAGAAAUCAUCUUAGGCAGCUGGGGUUAGCAAAAUUGUUUGAGCCCCUUACCCGAGUCAGUAUGCCCCCUAGGGUCUCCCUCACAGUUGGGGUAGCUGGUAUCGGCAAAACAACCUGGGUGAGACACUUUGUCCGGCAGUGGUGCCAAGGGAUCAUCUGUACAGACAUAAACUUUGUGCUACCGUUCACAUUUGCCGAGCUGAACUUGCUGGACAAGCUUUCUGCUGAGAGGCUGGUGAAAAUGGCUUUUCCUCAUAUAUCUGAUCCCAGUCUGGUCCUGAACAGCUCCUGUCGGACUCUGCUCAUACUUGAUGGUUUGGACGAAUUCCGCUGCAAAUUAAAUUUUUCCGACGCAGCUUCUUGCAGCGACCCAAAAAAAGAAGUGCCUAUUGACGACUUAGUUACCAACAUCAUUCGAGGGAAUCUGCUUCCCGAUAUAGCAGUCUGGGUGACUUCCAGGCCAAGAGUAGCUUCCCUUAUCCCCGGAGGUCUGGUUGACAGGGUGACUGAGAUCCCAGGAUUUAGUCCUAAGGAUAUAGAGAUCUUUCUGAAUCACCAUUUCUCUGAGAAGGAUUUUGCCAGGAAAAUAUGGUCACACUUGGAAUCCAAUAAGAUCUUGAUGGUGAUGUGCUACAUACCCUGCAUUUGCUGGAUAGUAGCUGAUACUUUGUUAUACAUCAUGCAGAAUGAAGCACAGGAGAGUCUUCCGAGGACUUGCACUGAGCUGUAUGCCAAUUUCUGUUCAAUGAAAGCAGAAUUGGGCGAACCAAGAGGCAGAGAGCCUGUAAAAACGGAGCAACUUCACGGGAGCAAUCGGAAACUGCUGGGGAAUCUCGGACGACUGGCUUUCUAUGGGCUUCUUAAACACAAGUAUGUCUUCAGUGAACAAGACCUCAAGAACUAUGGGAUUGAGCUACUGCUGACUCAAAGCAGUCUCGGUUCUGGAGUUCUUGUUCGAGAGGAGUCAACCAUCAACACGACGUUCCGCUUCACACAUUUGACUCUGCAGGAGUUUCUUGCAGCUACCUUCUACCAUGUUUCCUCAAAGCGGGCAAUCUUUGACUUGUUCUCUGAGAGCUCCAUGUCCUGGCCCAAGAUUGGUUUCCAGAACCACUUCAGAAGUGCCUUUCAGCACUCACAACAAGCUGAGGAUGGUCACCUGGAUGUGUUCGUACGCUUCCUAACAGGCCUGCUGUGCUCAGCUGCAAUCAAACCUCUUGCUGGACUUCUGGCCCUUGGGAAAGACGAUGGCAACAACAAGGCAUGGGCAGCAGGGUUUUUGCAGGGUCUGUUGGUCAGCGGGGGUGCUGUGGUCUCCCUGCGUGCAGUCAACCUAGCUUACUGUUUACAGGAGCUGCAGCACACAGAGAUGCUGCGGAGCGUAGAGGAGGAUUUACGGCUCGGCAGUCUAGCGGGAAAGUUAACGCGGCCUCACUGUGUGGUGCUGGGUUACCUGCUCCACGUGUCUCCGGAGUGCAGCGAACAAACCAACCUGACAGCCUCUCUGAACGCCUCGACAGUGAAAUGUUUGCUCCCGCAGCUGCUGUACUGUAGGCAUCUAAGGUUGGAGAAUAAUCACUUUAAAGAUGAUGUCAUGGAGUUGCUGGGAAGUCUCCUGAGUGCCAAAGACUGCCAUAUCCAAAAAAUAAGUCUGGCGGACAAUGCCAUCAGCAACAAAGGAGCCAAAGCCCUGAGUCGAGCCCUCUUGGUGAACCGCACGCUGACUUCUCUCAAUCUUCGGAAUAACAACAUCGGCUCCAAAGGUGCAAAGUUCCUAGCAGAGGCUCUGAAAAUGAACCAAGUCCUGACAUCAAUCAAGUUGAGUAUAAUUGCUCUACAGCUUAACUGCCACACACAGAAUUCCAGUUUAUUGAUUGUAGUUGGUGUAUUUGCUCAAUUUCCCCGACUUCUCAUCAGCUUUCAGAACAACGCCAUCGAGGAGGAGGGUGCUCAGUCGCUUGCAGAAGUGCUGCAGUGCAACCGCAAACUGGUGUCUCUGAAUAUACGGAAGAAUACAAUCGCAGCAGGUGGAGCCAAAAGGAUUGCAGAAGCACUGAAGACCAACCGGACUCUCACAAAGUUGAUUCUUUGUGGUAAUCAGCUUGGGGAUAAAGGGACGGUAGCUCUGGCCGAGGCUUUGGCGGUCAACCACACUCUUCUCUCACUCCAACUUCAGAGUAACUCGAUCAGCAACAAGGGCAUGACAGCCUUAACCAAAGCACUGAGGCUGAACCAUGGCCUUGUCUCCUUGAAUCUGAGGGAGAACUCCAUUGGGGUAGAGGGAGCAAAGAACAUGGCCCAUGCCCUCCAUGAGAACAACACUCUGCAAGACCUCGAUCUCACAGCCAACCUUUUGCAUGAUGACGGAGUUCAAGCUAUCGCUGGUGCAAUCAAGUUUAAUCGAGGCCUGACCUCCUUGCAUCUGCAGUGGAAUUUCAUCAAGUCCACGGCCACUAAAGCUCUGGCCCAUGCACUCCUCUCCAAUUCCACAAUGCAACUCCUGGAUCUUCAAGAAAAUGCUAUCGGGAAUGAAGGAGUCACUUAUCUUGCUGAGGCUCUGAAAACCAACACGUCACUGCGCACUUUAUGUCUUCAGGGAGUCUCAGCCGGGACGAGUGGCGCCAUUAAAAUGGCAGAAGCUCUGAUGACCAACCAGACCCUGCAAACAUUAGAUCUGCGUGGGAACACUGUAGGAAUGGAGGGAGCCAAGGCCCUGGCCAACGCCUUGAAAUCCAACAGAAGCCUCAAGGCGCUGAAUCUGCAGGAGAACUCUCUGGGCAUGGACGGAGCCAUAUUCAUUGCAACAGCUUUGAAGGGAAACCACCAACUGACAUACAUCAAUUUGCAGGGAAAUGGCAUUGGAGAAUCUGGAGCUAAAGUCAUAUCUGAUGCUAUAAGAGCCAGUGCCUCCGGCUGCGUGGUGGACAUCUAGCCCACCAGAGAGAGCAGCCGUCACUGAGGAGGGUCAUGCUACCAGCACGGGGAUAACAGCUGCUGUUGUUAUACAAAGCAGAUGUAAACUAUGUAAUUUAACUCAUUCUGUAUAAUAGUUCUGACAAGUUAUUUGGUGCAUUGCAUUUUUAUAUAGAUUCUGUAAUAUUUAUUAGGUGACUAAACAGCUGUUUUGAAGCUGCAGUUCAGCUUUAGACAAACACUUGAGAAGCACAAUAUGUAAUGUAAUAAACACACAUUAAGCUCAGGAAGUUAAAGUAGAGCAGAAUUCCUCCAUUAAGAUGCCAUUUUGUACAUUUGCUCUGUUUGCACAA